AGAUUUAUUUGUUCAAUAACAAUAUUAGUUACAUUGUGUCAACAUAAAUCAUAACUAACAUAACCAUGAUAAUUCUACUUUUCUCAUUUUGGUUCAAGAAUUAGACCUAGUUAUCUAGAUUUACUAGAUCUGUAUUGCUAUAGUAAUAGUGUACAUUACAGACAAUCUAGAGGAGAGGAUAGAUUGUUUUGGUUUUCUAUAAACACAUUAUGGCUUCAUCUGAAAAUGACAAGCUGGAAUACCCCAAAUUCAAAUGGGUGGAUAUUACUAAAGAGUUCUUUACAGCAAGCUCUUUUUUACAUUUAGGUGAAUUAGUCCAUGAUUGCUCUUUUGGAUUGUUUGAGGCCAUGUCAGCGAUAGAAAUGAUGGAUCCUAAGAUGGAUGCAGGAAUGCUGUGUAAUCAAAUUAAAAGAAAAGUCCUGACAUUAGAGCAAUCAAUAGAAGAAGGGUGUUUACGUAUAAAAGACUUAAGUUAUCGUGAAUUGAUUGGAAUAAUGGAUGCAUCAUUAGCUUGUCUGGUGACUUGGAUAGAGGGCCAUUCAUUAGCUCAGACUGUCUUCACCAAUCUCUACCUACACAACCCUUACAUCAUUGAAGACAGAGUGCUGAAAGCUUUCUGUAUCAUCAUGUUAAAGAUUGUGGAUCAUAUAAGGGAACGAAUCAACAGGGCUGGAACUGUUGAAGAGGAAGAUUUCCAGCCAAUGUCAUAUGGAUUCAAAAUGGCUGGAGAUGUUUCUGAAUCGAGAGCCUUGGGAAUGAUUAAAGAGGUGGAAGAAGAAUUGGGAAAGAUAAGAAAAAAUACCAGAAGUAAAGCAGGAGAAGAAAGAUCAGAAGUACAGAAUGAGCAGAUUUCUAUUUGUGUCUUGCAGCACCAGUUAGUUACGGCUGUUCAUGUCAGACUUCAAUUUUACAAGCUAUUCUAUUCUACUUUGUUAUCAUUUGCUAAAGAGAAGUGUGAAGGCAUCCCUGUGGUUAAGAAAAAUCUCUCACAGAUGUCAGAGCUGAUUCCAACAAUGAUAGAAACUGUAUCUCUUGGCAUUCAAGAAGAAUCUCCUCCAGCCUCAAAAAAUGAUUAUCCAACGAUUAGUGGAUUUGAACCAUUAAUUAAUCAGCGUCUCCUGCCACCAACUUUUCCUCGGUAUACAGUCAUAAAACCUAGAUUAGAUUCAAUGAAUUACAUGACUAGUUUGGUGCAGAAGAUGUCAUUUAUUACAACAGUACCAGACCUGGGAUAUUUACACAAUAUAUUGGAUGCAUUUAUGGAAUUCAGUAAAAGUUCUCCAUGUGUAUUGUCUAGGUCAAUACUACAAAUGAUGCUGUUACCACCAAAUAGACGAGUGUUUGGUACUCACUCUAUGGUGGAUACAUUGAAAGAAACUGUUCGAGGUUUUAUUGCUCCUCCUGGUCUGUCACCCAAAUCUUCCAUCUACAAUCAUCCUCAGGCCAAAGAAUACAUUGACGCCCUAAUGUCCAGAGCAGUGCGUCCAUUUUGCAUAUUGUUUCAGAUAACUGGUCACAACAGAGCCAGACAAAGAGAUAAAUGGGCCAACAUUUUGGAGGAUUUAUCAAAUCUUCAGGAAGAGGCUGAUAAAGUUGAUGCUUAUCUGCACACAUUGCUGAUAAAAACAGAAAAAAAUCGCAAUCACCUGGCUUGCUUUGGGACCUGGGUACUUUAUCAUACACUGAAUGCCAUGAUCAAUUAUACAAUUUCAGGCUUUGAAUUAGAACUAUAUGCUAUCUUUGAAUACCAUUAUAUUUAUUGGUAUUUGUAUGAAAUUCUGUAUGCAUGGCUGGUUUCAACAUUACAUAGAGCUGAUAGUUUUCUUUUGGAUGCAGAGAAUGCACCAGACAUGUCAUUGAAAGGAAGAAAUAGUAAAAAAAUAAAGAAGAAAAAAAGAACUAAAACCUUGACCAGAGAACUAACCAUUGCCCAGGCAUAUCAACAAAUGUUUGGAGGAUACUAUAAGGCUGUAAUUGGAUUCCAGCUUUGUGGAAAACUGAAGAUUCCUGAGUUUAGAUUUGACAGUGAAGAAGUUCGAUAUGCUCAUAGAUUUGCACCAUUUAGUAAUGUAUUGACACCACCAAUGGUUCAUUAUGCUCAGUAUAAAGAAAUGUCAGACCUCCGACGCUAUGAUCCCCAACCCAGUACAGUGGAAAUGUUUAGCUCAGCAUGCAAAUGUUUCUGUCAAGCAAAGGAUCUGCUAGAGACAAUCAGUCCUCUAACUGAUGAGAUUCAGACAGUCAUAAAAAUAGCAAAAAUCAAUUUUGUUGUGAUGAAGCUUGCAGUUGGUGGUCAUAAGGAGAACUCUAUGGUGCCUCCUGAAUUUGACUUUUCCCAACACAGAAUUUUUCCUGUGAUUAAAAUGGUUUGAUUUAGUUGUCUAUUUAUUGUCUGCUACAAAGAGUUUCUAUUUAAAAAGUUUCGAUAAGUUUCUGUUAUAAAGAUUGUUUUAGAAAAAAAAAAAAUCAACUUUAUAAAAUUUAAUAUUGCUGUGGACAGCUUGUUUUAAAUCUGUUUACAUUGUUUUAAUGAAAAAGCAAAAGCUUACAUAUUUGUUCAACUUUUUAUCUUUCAUUGCUAGUACUUUAUAUUGGAUUGUAAGUUUUAUCUGUUAAGUUUAUCAAUUUUCCUUGAUUUGUGAAAAAGUAUUUCUUCUAUUUGAUAUCUGUUCCCAUUAAAACUAAAGAAACAUUUUGAUCUCUAUGAUUGUUUAAAUGUCUUUGAAACAAAUAAAUUGUUGUACAGUCAA